UCGUGUUGUUUGUGAUUGUGAAUUUGUGCUUUCUUCUCCGUAAUAUUGGCAACUGUUUGCUGUUAAAUUUAAUUAUUUAUUUAUACAGCAUGUUCUUUUCAACUAAAAACAACAAUCUAUUGUGAUGGCGAAAAUUGAAGACGAAGUUUUGGAUUCACAACUUCUUACAGAGAAUAUCGGAGUUCUACAGAAUUGUUUCGAUAACUCUUUUAGUUUUACACAUCAUUCUAUAAUCACGGUAAAAGAAUAUUUAGCCGAUGAUCAAGAUGUAAAUUCAUCCAAAGGUUUAAACGUAACAAGCAAGAAAAAUAAUACAUCAACUCUUUCUACAACACAAGGGUUAGACACUACUCGAAAUAAUGCAAAUAGUAUUAAUUCGCAAAUACUAGAAUCGAAAGAAAUUAGUAAAAAGUUGAAGGAUUGGGGGCUGCCCAAAGAAAUAACUCAAAAAUAUGAACUUAAGGGUAUCAGAGAAAUGUUUGAAUGGCAAGUAUCCUGUUUGGGUAAUCCCAAAGUUCUCAUGGAGUGUUGUAAUCUUGUGUACUCUGCACCCACCUCUGCUGGCAAAACACUUGUUGCAGAGCUGAUAACCAUAAAAACCAUUUUGGAGCGCCAGAAAAAGGUAAUUAUAAUUCUGCCUUUUGUUUCCAUAGUGAGAGAAAAAAUGUUUUAUUUGCAAGACAUACUGUCUAGUUCUGGUAUAAGAGUAGAAGGCUUUAUGGGAUCACAGUCUCCACCGGGAGGGUUGCAAGCUGUUCAUAUAGCCAUUUGCACAAUUGAAAAAGCAAAUAGCUUGGUUAAUAGACUUUUAGACGAUGGAAGCAUAUCUGAGCUGGGCGCUGUCAUUGUUGAUGAGCUGCACCUGCUAGGAGACCCACAGCGUGGCUACAUAUUGGAGCUCCUGUUGACUAAGGUGAGGUAUGUAUCAACUAAGUUUGAUGACACUCAUAUUCAAAUUGUUGGUAUGUCAGCAACACUACCCAAUUUGGAAGUCUUGGCAAACUGGCUAGAUGCUGAACUAUUUAUAACACAGUUCAGACCCAUUCCUCUUGAUGAGUAUUGCUUAGUGGGCAAUAAAUACUAUAACAAAUCUGGAGAAUUAGUCAGCUCUCAGGCCUUAACAUUGGCAUCAACUGAUAGUGAUUAUGUAUUAAAAAUUUGCUUAGAUACAAUUAGUGAGGGCUGUUCUGUGCUAAUAUUCUGUAUGACUAAAAACAGAUGUGAAAAUUUGGCCCAGAGCAUUGCUUCUUCAUUUUACAAGCUUGGAUCCUCAGGCAAUGAAAUGGGAUUGAUACUGAGAAAUCAAUUGAAAUCUGAAAAUAUUCUGGAAGUUUUAGAACAACUCAAAAAUUGUCCUGUGAGCUUAGAUCAUGUACUAAAGAGUACCAUUUCUUUUGGAGUUGCAUAUCACCAUGCUGGACUCACUUUUGAUGAGAGAGACAUCAUUGAAGGAGGGUUCAAAUCAGGGGCAAUACGAAUCUUGGUUGCCACUUCCACCUUGAGUUCUGGAGUAAACUUACCAGCAAGAAAAGUUAUUAUAAGAACACCAGUCUUCCAAAGACAACCUAUAAAUAUUUUGACUUACAAACAAAUGAUUGGGAGGGCUGGAAGAAUGGGAAAGGAUACAAAGGGUGAAAGUAUCCUGGUAUGUACUGAAGCAGAGAAAAAGGUAGGAUUUGGUCUCAUGAUGGGUGCAUUAGAGCCUGUCAAAAGUUGUAUUGAAAGUGAAGACAAGUUUAUGAGAGCAGUUCUGGAAAUGAUUGCUAGUCAAGUAGUGUGUACUAAGGAUGAAUUGGACUUGUAUUCUAAGUGUACCUUACUAUUUACUCAGCAAGAAGAAGUGAAGUCACAAAACUCUUUGUUAGAUAACACACUGAAGGAGUUGCAGAAUUUUGAAUUAGUGAGGACACAGAAGGAAGAAGAUGAAAUAAGAUAUGUGGCUACACCUUUAGGUAAAGCAUGUCUUUCAUCAUCUAUGGCUCCAAAUGAUGGCUUGUCUUUGUUCUGUGAGCUGCAGAAGGCUCGUCAGUGCCUGGUGCUGGAAACUGACUUACAUCUCGUUUACCUGGUAACACCAUACAGUGUCAGCUACCAAUGGGGAGAAAUAGACUGGCUACAUUUGUUAACCUUGUGGGAAUCAUUAACUAAAGCCAUGAAGAGAGUUGGGGAACUAGUUGGAGUGCAAGAGAGCUUUAUUAUACGCUGUUUGAGAGGAGGGAAAAAAUUGGAUAAUUCUCAAAAUAAACUGAAUAUUCACAAGAGGUUUUAUACAGCCCUAGCUUUACAAGAUUUGGUAAAUGAAGUUCCAUUAUCAGAAGUUGCAGCAAAGUUCCAAUGUGCUCGUGGACUUCUACAGAGUUUGCAGCAAGCAGCAGCCACAUUUGCAGGUAUGGUCACAGCAUUUUGUCGUCAGUUAGGAUGGAAGAAUAUGGAAAUGUUGAUAUCGCAAUUCCAGGAUCGCUUGCAUUUCGGGAUACAUUCAGAACUACUUGAGCUAAUGAAAUUGCCAUCUUUAAAUGGUAUUAGAGCGCGUAGCCUCUUCGAUUCUGGUUUUGAAACGAUAUCUAGCAUUGCUUCAGCUGAUAGCAAUAAAAUAGAAAAUGCUCUUCAUAAGGCAGUACCAUUUCAAAGUGAAAAAGAACGCGACGGGGAUGAUAGUGAAGAUAUUAGGAAACGAAACAAAAUGAAAAAUAUAUGGAUUACGGGUUGCUGCGCUAUGACAGCUAAACAAGCCGCCGAAAACCUUAUAAAAGAAGCUAGGAAAUAUUUAGAAUAUGAACUUGGUGUAAGUGACAUCAAAUGGGAUAAAAAUAACUCGGAAGAUAAGAAGGAAAUUGAGGAAAGUCAAAUUGCGCGCAAGGAAAACAGUGAAGAACAAAAUACUUCCCAAUCACAUUGUAAUCUAAAUGUUGAUAGGAAUAUUGAAGUUACUAAACAAGUCGUUGAAGAUAACAAAACUCCUAAAUCAGACGAUCGUAAUAAUGUUAACAAUGAACCAAUUAGUGAAAAAGCUGAUGAAAAAAUAGAAAUUAAAAAUAAUUCAAAUAACCCUAUAAAAAUAAAUAGAACAGCAGUUAAGUCUCACAUUAAGGCAGAGGACAGUAUAAAUAUAACUGAAAAACCAAUUAUUAACAAUAAUCUGAAUAGUAUUAGUGCUGAUGAAACAAUAGAUAUUAAAAACAAAAAUAAUUCAAAUAACUCUAUGACGAUAGAUGGAAUAGUAGUUAACUCUCAUACUAAAGCAGAUGAUAGCACAAUUAUUAAAGAAGAACCAAUAACUAAAUUCCCAGAAAAUGCUAUGAAUUCCAUGAAACGCAAUAAAUCGGAUACUAAUGAUAUUGUUUGGGAUUCAUUAAACUUUACAGAGGCAAUGGUUGGCACGUCAAAAUUCACCAACAACAUCUUUUCCCCCAAUAUUAGUUUUGGUGAUGUUGAAGAUAAACCCCACAUUGAAUUUAAAAGUCCCAUGUCUUCUAAAAUGACAUCAGUUAAGGAUAUUAGCCUUUUCUCGUCUGAUGGUGAUAAUUCAAGUUUAUUUGAAGAUAGUUUGCCUUUAGAUAUGAUCCCAAGUAAAUUACUUGACAAUGAAGAAGUAGAUGGUCAGGUAUCAGCUCCAAAGAAACAGGCAACUGACUACACUAACCUGAACUCAAAUACUAUUUUACAAGCAUUUAAAACUACGAUUAUAGAAAUUGAAGACGACGAAGACAUAAAAUUAGUAUACGAUGACGAAAGAAAGACUUCGAAUGAAUUCGAUGUAGGUUUCAAUGCUACUGCUGAUAUUGAAGUUAUUGACACUCAAGAAAUCAAAGAAGUGUCAGUUAAAAAGCAGUACAUUAGCCCUUUUAAACGCGUUGCUAACACAAAAAAUGAGUUGCAACCCAAAGCCAAGAAAAUCAAAAAAGAAGUUAACCAAUUAUUGUCAGUUAAUACUGACUUCAAAUCUAAUUCAAAUUUACCUCACCCUGUGAUAAAGAGAGCCAAAUCAAAGAAAAUCAUGACAAGUUUUGAAAAACAGACAUUUAAUGUGUUCAUACUUAGAGAGGGAGACAUAUCAGACAACCUACACAUUUUUGAUAAACUUCACACAGCCUCUAUUUACCUAGAUGUGCAAAGCCCUAUUUCUGGAACUAAUGAAAUAAUCGGCAGUAAAUUUUUUAAACAAUCUAAGGCAUUGGAAUCAUGUAAAGAUGAAACAUCGAAAGAUAAAACAAGUAUAAAAAGUAUAACUGUGUGUUACGGAUCAGAUGUAUGCGUGUUAUUAGAUUUAACAUCAAUAAGUGGCACAUUGCUUAGUGUAAAGCAACAAAUAGGCAGAACAUUAAAAAGGAACAAUAUGAAUUGGAAAGUUUUGUCUCUACAGUCUAUAUUUGUUCCUAUCAAGCGAUAUUUUGGCGUCGAAUUGCCGGCUUCGAGUAUCGACAUAUCCUUAUUAGAAUGGUUGAUCGACAGCGAUGAAAAACCACGAAGUAUAUUUUAUCUGGCCAAAAAAUACUGCGAUAUCGACAUACCAUCAAUUCCAAUACGUGUGAAUAACAUUGAGAAGAAAUACAAGAAUUUAGAAUCGAAUGUGGACUUAUGUCUAAGAACUUGGUUUAUAUGGAAUAUUGCUGAAAAGCAAAAUGGUUUUAUACUGAAACAAUACCAAAAUGUGCUGGACGCAAUAGGUACAGAAACUCAAAUCGCGAAGAUUUUAUCUAAUUGCGAAUUCUUCGGUCUGACUGUCGACAAGGCCCUCGCGUCCCAACUCUUGAUUGAUGUGAGAAAUUCUCAAGAAACUCUUCACAAGAAAGCUUUUAAAAUUUGCGGGUAUCAUUUCAACUUUAACUCGUCUAAAGACGUCGCCAAGGUAUUAGGAAUUUAUAAGGGACGUAAAGUAAGCACCAAAAAGAGCGUGUUGACGUCACACAACAGUCCAAUGUCGAGUAUUAUAAUAUACUGGAGGAAAUUGAAUUCUAUAUUGACAAAGACACUUUACCCGCUCACUGAGAAGGCUUGCAUUUACAGCGAAGGAGAUAGAAUAAACCCUUCUUACACAAUGUACACCUGCACCGGCCGGGUCAGUAUGCACGAGCCUAAUCUACAAAACGUGCCGCGGACGUUCUUCAUUCCUAUGCAGUACUUGUCCGACGAUGACGUCACGGAUGACGUGGUAGAGUUCAACUGUAGGAACAUAUUCAAGGCGGCACCGGGGUACGUGCUAGUGUCAGCUGACUACUGCCAGCUAGAGAUGAGGAUAUUGACGCACUAUAGCGAGGAUCCUGUGCUGACUAAGAUCAUGAGCUCGGAUGUUGACGUGUUUAAGUCCAUAGCAGCGUCGUGGAGUAGCGUGCCUGAAGAAGAGGUGGACGACGACCUCCGUCAAAAAGCCAAGCAGCUCUGCUACGGUAUUCUCUACGGCAUGGGCAAUAAGACCCUAUCAACUCACCUCGACGUCUCCGAAAUGGAGGCAGCAGUGUUCAUGGACACCUUCUACAAGACCUACCCUUCCAUCAAGCAGUUCACGCUGGCAGUCAUCGAGGAGUGUAAGAAGAAGGGAUACGUGGAAACCCUGAUGAAGCGACGGAGGUAUUUGCCGGACAUUAACAGCUCGAUCCCUUCGAAAAGAAGUUCAGCGGAGCGACAGGCAGUAAACACGACCAUCCAAGGCUCUGCAGCCGAUAUAGCAAAAGCGGCCAUGUGCGCUAUAGACACUCGCACAGACAAAGACCUCCGAAAACCGCGACACAUCCUACAAAUGCACGACGAACUCAUCUACGAAGUACCUGAAACAAACAAGCAAAUCUUCAUUUCUAUUAUUAAAGAAGUGAUGGAAAACACAGUACAGUUAAAAGUGCCUCUACCAGUCAAAGUGAAGGCUGGUUACACAUGGGGAAGUUUGCAAGAGAUGCAAGUGUGAAUCAUCAACACGAAGAAGUGUGAAAUUCCAACAUUUAGUCGUUUAUAUCUUUUCUGUGAUAUGGAAAUCAGUCUGGCCAUCGAUUAUGUGAUGUUUUAGCUUACUUUAGUUUUAAGUAUUUUUGUAUGUUUAUAGAUUUUACAUUUGUCAUAAUUAAAUUAUUUCGUAUUUA